AAACCGCGGAGUCGUUUACCUUCCGUGCGGCGAGACAGUCGACAUGUGCGUAAAUGCGUAAGCGCAACUCCGCAUGCGUCGGGCAGAAGGACGGAGCCCGCGGCGGCGCGCGGACCAUGGCGCGCUGUCUGUGGGCAUUCUUUAUCACCCUCCUGCCUUCCGCCAAUGCGUGGAAGCCCCCGCAAACCCCCGUCUACUUUCCCAUCGAUCUGCACACUCGCGCCCCCCGGCACGUGCACUCCAUUCACCAUCUGCACCUCCUGGGCUGGCACUUGGAGCUGCAAGAGAACAGGGCGAUACGCUCACCGUAUUACAACGAGUGCAAGUUUUAUAAGGGGCGCGUGCUGUACGAAGAAGAAUCGGCAGUUACAGUGACGGAAUGUGAAGGACAGUUAUAUGGGUUGCUCCAAGUGGAUGGUGAAGAUUUCGUGCUCCAGCCGACACGCUCCGACGGGAGCCACGUUUUAAAACGUCGCGAUGUAGUGCUCGCGGAGCGUACCGCGGAGUACAAUCUCACGGGUGACACUGUGACUGACCUCGACAUUGAUUAUGAAGAUGAUGAGCCCAUGCCAUCGAUGCACGUGCGGUCGCGGCACGGCAAUUCCGAUGUCGAGGAUUUUCGUAAUAUCGUCCCCGUUACGAGACCGGCGUCAGGAGCGAAAGGUCUUUGGCUCGAAUUGGCCAUAGUAGCCGAUCAUACGAUGCUCAAAUUCCACGGCCGGGAACGGGUGAAACAUUAUAUCCUCGCAAUAAUGAACAUCGUCAGUGCCAUCUUCAACGAUCGCUCUCUGGAAUCGAACAUGACUCUGGUUAUCAACAAAUUGUUCUUGUUUGAAGAAAAGGAUUCUGUUAUAAAAUAUGGAAAUGUUAAGAAGUCGCUGGAGGCUGUGAAUAAAUGGAAUUACAGACAUCUCAUCAAGUUGCCGGCAGACAGCACAGGGUGGGAUGCAACAGUGUGGCUGACUCGAGCGCAGCUGGGAGGCCCCUCGGGCUUCGCCCCAGUGGGGGGCGUGUGCACCCAGAUGCGUUCAGCGGCGAUAGACCGAGACGAGGGACUAACUAGCGCGUUUGUCAUCGCACAUGAAUUGGCGCAUCUAUUAGGCCUGACGCACGACGGCGAAGGUCAGUGUGAAACAGAUGGUCUAAAAGGCUCUGUGAUGGCUCCGACGGUGCUGGCAACUCUUCACAAUUACGCCUGGUCUUCUUGUUCCAGAGAACAGUUCCACAAAAAGACCAAAAAACUGUGGUGCCUCCACCAACGGAGCCACGAUGAUGGUGUUGUAUUGGGCGGUGCUAAAGAGUUAUCAAACUAUGUGUUUACAAUGGACGAGCAGUGUAGAACUGAAUUUGGAGAGGGAUUUUCGAUAUGCAAGUCCGUUAAGAUCAAAUCACCGUGCGCCAGACUGUGGUGCGCGCAUCGCUCCAUGCCUCAUGUAUGCCGCUCGAAGCGAGCCCCGCCGUUGGAGGGCACGCCUUGUGGAGUUAAUCAGUGGUGUGUCGAUCGUGUGUGCGAGCCAAUGCCCGGUCACGCAUUGAAGAACAAAACAGACAGCAAGCCCCUGGUCCCCGAGUGGGGCGACUGGAGCUCUUGGAGCGACUGCAACGCUGAGUGUGGUUACGGCCUCAGAACGAGAAUCAGGCGCUGCUGGUUUAAAGGAUCGAUUUCGGAGAGUGCUUGUGAGGGCGCGGGGUCGCAAGUGGCGACCUGCUGGUCGGGCCAAGCGUGCGCCGCCUCAAGGGACGUACGGACGGACAUAUGUUUCCGCCAGGCCAGCCAUCUCAUACCACAUUUGCAUGCGCAAGAGUCAAAACAUUGUGAGAUAUGGUGCACGGACUACGCCGGUGGUGACCCAUCCAACUUUGGGGCGCUCCCGGAUGGCACGCCUUGCAGCUAUGAGAGGCCUUUUGAUCUGUGUUUUCAGGGCACAUGUGUGAAGGGGCAAUGCAACAGUACUGACCCGGCUUGCAACUGGUGCCCAGAUGGAUACUGUAUCAAUAACACGCACAUAUACAUGCGACAGCUCGCGAAAGGUUGGACUCGUCUAACAGUAAUACCGCACGAAGCGAACAAACUAUCAGUCCACAUAGCUACUCCGGUAGCACUGAACAUCGCGAUACGAGAACGACGCCGCGACAGGCCGAUCCUGGAGCUCAGCAAACACGCGAAACGUAUAGACGUCGAAAGCAAACAGGACAAAUAUCUCAAAUACGAUCCGAAUGUACCUCAAAAUCUGCAAAUCAUUGAAGUGGAUAGUAACGUGAUAGAUAUUAAGGAAGACAAAUACGCGUAUGAGGGUGAGGUGAUAGCAGCGGGGGGAUUGGUCAAGUGGAAGCAAACUGACUCUGAUGUGUUUAUUACGUCGGAUUCCAGGCUGCACACGGAUUUGAUGAUUAUGGCUAUACCAGAGACGCCAGUUGUGAAUGAAAUAUUGGCUGUGGAAGUUUCUGUGAACUACAGCACGCCGGCUUCGCGGACAAGGCCAAUGGAAUAUAGAUGGUCCAGCGAGCGCGGGCCGUGCUCUGUGUCGUGUGGGGGCGGGGUGCGCAUGGUGCGGCCGCGGUGCGCGCGCGACCACUGCGCCCCGCGUUACGAACGGUGCAACACGCACAGUUGUUCGUUCAAAUGGGAGGCAGGGGAGUGGGAGGGUUGCAGCGCCACGUGCGGAGACGACGGCAUGCAAGAGAGACAGCUUUUCUGCGUUCCUGCGAACGUUAGCAUAUCGUCGCGGCGCGAGCUGAUCGCGCGCAGCGUGUCGCCGGCGCUGUGCCCGGGCGCCGCGCCGCCGCGCGCGCAGCCCUGCAACCGCCUGGCCUGCCCCGUCUACUGGCAGGAGCUGCCCUGGACGCAGUGCUCGGCGAGCUGCGGGCGCGGCGUGUCGUACCGGCCGCUGGUGUGCCCCGCGGCGGCGCCGCUGUGCGGGCCCAAGCCGCGCGAGCGCCGCCGCCGCUGCCGCGUGCGCCGCUGCGCCGCGCGCGCCUGCCCGCCCGCCGACGACACGCGCUACUGCGAGCUGUUCACGCGCGACCAGCUCGCGAGGAACUGCGCCGUGCCGCCCUUCCGGAAGUAUUGCUGCAACGCGUGCAAGACACUCGACCGGGAUCAUUAGAAAUUGAUAAAUAAUUACGAUUAAUAAAAAUAUAAAUGCGAUCAAAACAGCGUAAAUUAUCAUUUAUUUAUAAUAAUUAUAGGAUCACACCUAGUAUUAGUUAUUUGCAAUAAAUAAAUAGCCAAACAGACUUACCGUUAGUUCCAUUUAAAAAGUACUAGGACAUCAUAACUGCCUGCGUCUGCCCAACAACGGACGGAGCGCAGUAUUGCAAGCGGUUAACUACAGAACAGCUUGUAAGGAAUUGCACCGUGCCUUUUCAAAGCACUCCUGUAAUGCGUAGAGCAGCUGUGGACCGGAGUUACAAAUUAAAAAAAAAAUUAUAAAAAAUAUCCAAUCAAAACGAAAUGGUAGGAAGAUAAACUUAUUUAUCAUCAAGUAAUUCUAGAUUUGCAAAUCAAUACAAAAUAAACUUAACUUAGCCAAACGUACAAAGUACUAGGUUAUCAUAACCCAACUAGAGCUCACACCGUCGUGCGUCCCUGUCCAACAACCACCUUACGAUUCUGUGGUACUGUGACCUGUUUACACGAAAACAAGUCACGUGGAACUCUUCUGUACCAGUACCCUUCAGAAAGUGUUGUAAUGCGUGUGGGACAAAGGAAAAUUAAAUUAUGAAAAAUACAAAUAGAAUCAAAAAGGUCGAAAAUCGUUUGCAACAAAAUACAAAGGAAAUUAGCAAUAGUAUAUUCUGAAUUAUCAGCAAGUUCAUUCAGCGUCGAUACAAAAUGAUAUAUGUUUAGAUGAAUUGAUUCGUAUUUAAUGUCCUCGCUAAUUUGUACAUUUAAUAAUAAAUACAAGAUACCUGUUAUGUGACAAAUUCACGUAUUGAUAUGAACAAUUAAUGUAUACCAAAGUAAUUUGCAGCAUGUUCUAAUAACCGAUUGAAAUUUCCCUCCAAUAUAUAAAUUAAAUGAGAUUAUGAACCGACUGAAUUUCUCUAAUGAUCAAAUUUAUGAAGCCUUCACAAUAUUAAACAACUUUUCAUGUGGAGUCCACUAGUAUACCUAUAUUUUAUAAUAGACAACGAUUAUAAGUUUUGUAGGUAUAUCUAAUUAGAAUUUUUAUUGUAAAGUACGCAACCAUGCCGAAGAAUAAUUAUAAAUCAAUAAUAAUGUAAGAAAUAUUUUUAAUUUGUUUAUGAUGCAUUAGUUCAAUAGCAAACAAUAGUUUAUAAACUAGUAUCAGCUUGCUACAUUCUUAUUGUAUUUAUAUAAUAUUAUAUUAUAUUCUCUAAAAUGAGGAAGUCCCCGUGACAAUCGGAAAAAGAACUCGAGCUUUCGCAAUUAUCCUAAUGCACCCUACACAGUUAAAUACUCUUUAAAGCUGCCAUUUGCCAACUACACUUAAUUAUUGUACUUUAAUUAACGUUUUUAUGUACCCUAUACCUACUGAGAAAAUCUUGUAUUUAAAAUCGAAAAAAAAACGAAUUUGUAAAUCACGGAAUAUUAAGAAAUAUACAUGUAAUAAUACAUAAUCAUAAAGACUGGAAUGUAUUCUUAAAUUUUCUAACAAAACUUGUAGAAACUCAACGCAAAAAGUAUACAGAAAAAAUCUUUAAACAAUCAUCAAAACGGAUCAAACGACGCAUCUUAAAGAAUCUCUCUAUACAAACAGUAUUGCUUUUCUAUUUAAUGUAGGUUAUUUAUAAGUAGAUUUAAUUUGCAUUAUCAAUGUAUUCGGGAACGAAGUGCCAUAAUUCUGUGUACACUUCCACUUUAUAAAAUAAAUGUGCUAAUC